AUGUCUCGUCACCACCCCGACCUCGUCAUGUGCCGCAAGCAACCCGGCAUCUCUAUCGGCCGUCUGUGUGACAAAUGCGACGGAAAAUGCCCCGUGUGCGAUUCCUACGUGCGCCCAACAACCUUGGUCCGCAUCUGCGACGAGUGCUCCUUCGGCAAUUACCAAAACAAGUGUGUUGUCUGCGGCGGCGAGGGCAUCAGUGAUGCCUUCUACUGCUUUGAAUGUACACGCCUCGAGAAGGACCGCGAUGGAUGUCCCAAGAUCAUCAAUUUGGGAAGUUCGAGGACUGAUCUAUUCUAUCAAAAGAAAAGUUUCAGGAAUCAAUGA